CUCUCUCCCCUCCUCCUCCUCCUCUGGAAACCUGUUCUGGAGGGAGUGACUUGAUCCAGGCGGCGUCCAAUUAUAUGGAAGCAGCACUUAUUCCACUUUAUUCCAGGCUACAGUUAAGUGGCUUGAAGCCUUCAGAGACACACAGGCUUGUAGUAUAAAGGCAGAGCAAUAGGCAGAGAGUCGGUACCCAUGUGACAUGUGAACGGGAGAGCCAAAGACAAAGGUAGAAAUAUCUACUACACCAAGUGAGGCGUCUGGCGGCGUGCAGAGGAGACACAGAGGAUGCUCCAAAUCAAAUCCAUGAGGGCUUUUUUUUCUCCCUCUCUCUCUCUCUCUCGUCUGGAAAUUCACGGCUUCAUAUAAAUGAUUCAUGAGAGCCUGUUUCUAUUUCUAAGGGAGUAAUUGCGCUCGCAGUGAGUUUUCAGCUGAAGCCGGUCACCAGCCAGAAAGACGCUAGUGAAGCUGAGAGCGUGGAGAAAAUCACAAAGUCAAUUAAUCUGGAGGAGUUUGAUAAGCGUUUCCUUUUAACCUGCACUGGACCUCAUCUGUCAGAAGGAUCAACUGUUGCUGCAGCCGGAGCGAGCACAGAGACAUUCUCCAAGUGUGUCUGGCUUUCAUAAUGGAUGUUUGACCGUCACUUGGUCCUGCAUGCAGCCACACAGCCGGUGUUGUGCAAUUAACAUGGAAGAGAGACUGAUACUGUUGUUGAUGCCUCGGAUACACCUUCAUCUGUCCUGAUGUGAUGCCACAUUGUUGCACUGAGGAGAAUGAUAAUAUCCCACACCGCUGCCGGCUUUUUCAUACUGAUUCUUCAUCCCUGUGUGUAAAACAAAAUAUUCUUUCUUUGUAUAAGGGACCAGUUUGGGCAUUUUAACUCACUGGCAGGCGACAAAAUUGACACGCUUUUUUUGUGAUAGUGACCUUGCCCGAUUUUGACAUCCAUUCAGCGGGAGCUCAUCAUGCUGAUGAUGAUGAAGAACAGCGGCAUGGAUGCGCAUCAGGUUGAUAUCGAUUCGGAAUUUGAGCCUCACAGUCGCUCGCGGUCGUGCACCUGGCCGCUGCCGUGUCCGGAGGAUUUCCCCGGGGGAGAAGAAGCGAGCCGAGGUCUGGCCCUGGCAUCGGUCAAAGUGGAGCAGUACAACGUGCCCGCGUGCCGGGCCGAGAGAAAAGGCGGCGCGCCGGCGGAGAUCAAGCACCCAGCCGGCGCCCCGGCCCCGGUCGUGGCCGCUCCUGCCUGCAUGUCCGGGGCUGCGCUCGACGUGGCCGGCCAGCUGCGCAAAGCCAAGUCCUCCCGGCGAAACGCGUGGGGGAACCUGUCGUAUGCAGACCUCAUUACCCGUGCCAUCGAGAGCGCCCCGGAGAAGAGACUCACCCUGUCCCAAAUUUAUGACUGGAUGGUUCGCUUUGUUCCUUAUUUCAAGGAUAAAGGCGACAGCAACAGUUCAGCCGGAUGGAAGAAUUCAAUCAGACACAAUCUGUCCCUGCACAGUCGCUUCAUCCGGGUGCAGAAUGAAGGCACGGGGAAAAGUUCGUGGUGGAUGCUGAACCCAGAAGGAGGGAAGAUGGGUAAAGGACCCAGAAGACGGGCGGCCUCGAUAGACAACGGCACCCGAUACCUAAAGACCAAGGGUCGCAUCAGCCGCAAGAGAGCCAUAGGUAUCGGACGGGGUCAAGGUCAGGGGGCCGGACCUGCAAUGCAAGGAUCUCCAGAGCAUGGCAGUCCAGCUGGAAAAGGAGGUGUGGGCAUGGCAGGUGAGGAGUAUGACACUUGGACGGACCUCCAUUCUCGCACCUCCUCUUCUGCCUCCACAUUAAGUGGCUGCCUGUCCCCGAUUCUAGCUGAAGCAGAAGCUGACGAACCAGAGGAGGGUGGACUGUCCUGUUCAGCCUCCCCUCGACUGUACCCCAGCCCCACCAGCACCCGCUCCCCGGCCCUAGGCACCGGGGGCCACUGCCCGACCGUGGAACUGCCCCAGCUGACUGACCUGACGGGGGCGAUCAGUCUAGAUGAGAGUGGCUACCCCCAGUCGCAGCAAAUCAAAUGCAACAGUUACCCCUACGUGCCUGGGCCCAAGGCAGAGGGCUCCUACUGCGGGCCCAUGUACGGACAGCCUUCCAUGGGCAUGCUCCGGCAUCACACUCCCAUGGAGACCAUCCAGGAGAACAAGCCAGUCAGCUUUCAGCGCCCAAUGAGGGGCUACUCAGAGAACAACGCCCUGCAGAGUCUGCUCACCGGAGGUCCUCCGUACUGCAAAGACACAGUGCUGGGCCAAGGACGGGACACACUCAUGACACAGGGGACCAAUGGCGUUCACAGCCACAAUCAGAAUCGCAGCCACAAUCAUAACCACAAUCACAGCCAAGAGCACGCUCACAAUCCCAGUCUACACAACGGCCACGGCUCAGUCCAUGACCAAAACACAACCCACCAUCAGAACCACAAUCAGGGUCACAAACACCAAGCCAGCCUCGACUACAGCCACAAGCCGCACCCUGCCCAUGACUACGGUCCAAGUCACGAGCACGGUAACAAAGCCAGCCAUGAUCACAACCCUCGCUCCAGCCAGAGUCACAUGCAUAACCCUAUGCACAGUGCACCCCACCCCCAGGCCCUCUCCCCGCGGGUAAGCACCGACAUCUUGCAGCCCUACAGCCUCAAGACCUCCAACCACUACGGACCCCGGCCACACCUCCCAACAUCGCCAUCCUUGCCGCCCAACCCUGCCGGCGUCCUGGAUGUUCCCCAAGAUCCCUGCCGCCUGGCGUCCGCGCCUCACCCCCGUCACCAGCCUUAUCCCGGAGCUCACCAUCAGGGUUUGACCGACUCCUGGCUCAGCUACUACCACAACAACCACCAGCCAGGGAAUGCUGGGUACCAGGGGCAGCAGCACAACUCCCACACUAGAAUGGCUGCCAACCUGGAGAUGGAGAACGUCCCAAACAGCCUAGACUGCGAUGUAGACUCCAUCCUGCUCAAUGACUUUAUGGACACAGAGAGCAUGGACUUCAACUUUGACGGCUCCCUGUCCCAAGGCAUGGGCAUGGGGAUGGGCAUGAGCUUGGGGGCGUUUGCUUGCCCUCCACCAGCACACAGCAACCAGAGCUGGGUGCCAGGGUGAACCCAGGCCCAAGGGGUUUUGGAAAGACACAUGACCGGAAAGCUCACCCACUGGGGCAGGCUGCUGGUGGGGUGUACCCUUGGACUGACUAACUGUGAUUCUCUGAGACUGUAGAACAAAACACGUAUUGUCAUUUUGUUUCCUCGGGACUCUGUACACCCUUACAUCCUGCCCCCCCCCCCCCCCCCCUGUUUAUAAAGCCUUCUGUCUCCAUAUUGAACCUGCCCCCAAUGCGCCCAGUCCUAAAGCCCCACUUGUUCAUGCCCUUCAGUUUUUUUUUCUCGUUUGUUUUUCAUGGUCUCCUCCCAAUCUCGUCCUGCUUGUCCUAAGCUCUCAAGCACUUUACAUCCAUCCUUUCCAUACAGAUGCAGUAACACAAAGACCAGGCAAAGUCACGUUGUGUGUUGGCUUAAGUUUAAUGUAUGCAAUCCACUUUACAGUAUUAUCUCCUUCUACAAAGGAGGUGUUGUUUUUGACUUGAGAACAUGAUCAAACAGCUGCAUAAAUAUCUUUCAAUGUAGAGGUGCUCCCAGAUUGGGGGUUAAAAGACAGGGGAGGCUUUGAGGUUUAAGGAUGAAGAAAAUAACGGGAGGUUUUUAGAAGACAAGGUAAUAAAAACUAAAGGGAUGGAUGGAUAGAAAGAAAGGGAUCUCCAGGGUCAGUGUGACUUCUCUUCCCUGCACUGUAAAAUCUGACAAGUUGACUUUACUUUAAAAACAAACAAACAAA